CUCAGCCCACGAACAUCUCCUCGCCGCCGUCGUCUGCCGAAGUUCCUGUCGAGGGUGGAGGGCCGCAGUGGCUGCCCCGCCGUCGCCGUCCUCGCCGAUAGCCGCGCUGUCGUCAUCCUCGCCGAGAGCGGCUCCAUCCCAUCGCACCCCCCGAACCUCUUCCCCUCCACUCCCAAGUCCCAAUGAUGAAGUCCCUCCUCUUCUCCGCCCACCACACGCCGCCGCUCCUCCCCGCCCCGCGCCUCCGCAGGCUCCUCCGCCUUUGCGCCUCCUCCGCCUCCGCCUCCGCCUCCGCCACGCCACGCGCCGACCGCCUCGUGCCCCUCUCGAGCGCGGCGCGGCCGUGCAGGGGGCUCGCGGCGGUGUCUCUAUCGCGCGGCGCGGCGGGACGGAGGUUGCCGAGCGUGUCGGCGAUGUCGUCGUCGACCCCGCCGCCAGGGCCCGUGCAGAAGUCGGAGGAGGAGUGGCGGGCUAUCCUAACGCCGGAGCAGUUCAACAUCCUCCGCCUCAAGGGCACCGAGUACCCUGGAACAGGUGAAUACGACAAGUUUUUUGAUGAGGGCAUUUAUAAAUGUGCUGGAUGUGGAACUCCCUUAUAUAAAUCAUCUACAAAGUUCAACUCAGGGUGUGGCUGGCCCGCAUUCUAUGAGGGACUUCCUGGGGCCAUAAGACAGACGCCGGACCCCGAUGGGAGGCGGACAGAGAUCACAUGUGCUGCCUGUGGAGGACAUUUGGGGCAUAUAUUCAAAGGGGAAGGGUUUAAAACACCUACCAAUGAGCGACAUUGUGUUAACAGCAUUUCUCUCAAGUUCAUUCCAGCCUCAGAGGAAGCCUGACGGCAGAUGAACACCAACGUGAAACCCGACAACAGAAUGAGACCUUGGCCUUUGUUGGGUGUUUUUACAGUGUAGACAGAUGAAGGUUGUUGUUCUGUCGUUUAUCAUUAUGUUUACUCAUCCUUUAAACGACAUACCAUCCUGUUUGUGAAAGCUUAAUAGAUUUUGUGCAGACAAACUUGAACGAAGUUUUGCCUGAAUUUGUCAUUUCAUUACCCUCCUUUUUCCAUUUGGAAACAAAAAAGGGCAAGUGUAAAUAAAAAAUGUUUCCAACUGAGUCA